GGUUGCUGUGGAAAUCGAGCUCACGUUGAUCCAAUGACAGACUUUGAAAAGAACCUCCAUCGGGACACGAUUUCCCAGCUGCACAGUACUGCAGCUGUUGGAGAUGCAGCCAAACUGAAAACGUUGCUCAGCGUUUAUCCGUCACUCAUCAAUGCAGCUGCAGAUAAUGGCUGGACAGCCCUGAUGUAUGGUGCCAGGAAUGGACACCUUGAGGUUGUGCGGAUUCUUCUUGCAGAAGGGUGUGACAGGACCAUUGUUAAUAAAUCAAGGCAGACAGCUCUAGACAUUGCUAAAUUUUGGGGGUACAAGCACAUAGCUAAUUUGUUGGCUGAUGUGAAGGGUGGGCAGAGACCUACUUUUCUGUCAAAUGAAGCAGAGGAAUAUGAAAAUUAUUUUAGCUUGACACUUCUGGACAGAAGGAGUGAUAAAAGAACAGAUACCAAGUGGCUAAACAAAAAACAAAGCCAUCCAACUACAGUGUACAUUCUUUUCUCAAAUCUAAGUCCUUUGGUUACUUUGCGUGAGGGAACAGAGAGCUCUCAGCAGUCAAAAGUAAAGCUUUGCAGGCUAUGCCACAAGGAUGUGGAGCAGUACAUGAACCAAACUGAAGACAGAACCUUGAUUUUUCUGGGAGUUGAACUUCAGUUCCACGUGAACCUGCUGGCUCCUUGCAAUGGAAGAGUUCUGCAAGAGGAUGGAGAGGAUGCGUUAGUUGCUUGGUUUGCUCUUAGCAUAGAUUCUGCUUCAGCUGAAGAAUUUAAGCAGAAGCAUGAGGACUGUUACUUUCUUCACCCACCAAUGCCAACGCUACUGCAGCUGCCUGAAAGAGAAGCUGGAGUAGUAGCCCAAGCUAGAUCUGUUCUAGCAUGGCACAGCCGCUACCGAUUCUGCCCAACAUGUGGGAGUGUAACCAAGAUUGAAGAAGCGGGUUAUAAGAAAACUUGUUUAAAAGAAGAUUGUCCCAGUCUCCAAGGUGUUCACAACACAUCAUAUCCAAGAGUUGAUCCUGUUGUAAUAAUGCAAGUCAUCCAUCCAAAUGGCAAUCGCUGCCUUUUAGGUAGGCAGAAGAGGUUUCCCCCAGGAAUGUUUACCUGUCUUGCUGGAUUUGUAGAACCUGGUGAAACAAUAGAAGAUGCUGUCCGAAGAGAAGUAGAAGAGGAGGCUGGAGUCAAAAUUGGCCAUGUUCAGUAUGUCUCUUGUCAGCCAUGGCCAAUGCCCUCCUCCUUAAUGAUUGGCUGCUUAGCUGUUGCAGUGUCUACAGAAAUUAAAGUUGACAAGAAUGAAAUAGAGGAUGCCCGCUGGUUCACUAGAGAACAGGUCAUAGAAGUUCUUAUCAAAGGAAACCAGCGGUCAUUCUUUGUACCACCGAGUCAAGCUAUUGCGCACCAGUUGAUAAAACAUUGGAUUGGAAUGAAUGCUAAUCUUUAAUUCUAAUAAGUGAUUUAUUGCUGUUAUGCUCUGAAUGUUUGAUUUGGCAUUUUCUGUCCUCCACUGGAAUGAGUCACAGCAUUACAAAAAGGCCUGACCUUGCCUCCUGUUUGAACACUG